AUGGCGUCCAGGCUUUCCCUCCUGGAAGAGGAGCUCUCCUGUCCUGUGUGCUCUGACAUCUUCAGGGAUCCUGUUGUUCUGAAGUGUAGCCACAGCUUCUGUAAAUCCUGUCUGCAGCAGUACUGGAAGCAGAAGGGAUCUCGGGAAUGCCCAGUUUGCAGGAGAAGGUCCUCCAUGGAGAAUCCUCUACCUAACCUGGCUCUGAGGAACACCUGUGAGGCGUUCUUAAAGGAGAGAAGUCUCUACAAGCUCUGCAGUGCACAUAAUGAGAAAAUCAAGCUCUUCUGUUUGGAGGAAGAAGAACCUAUUUGUGUUGACUGUUUAAAGACAACACACAGAAAUCACAACUUUUCUCCCAUAGAGGAGGCUGCACUAGGACGUAAGGAGAAACUCAGGACUGCACUGACUCCACUGCAGGAGAAGCUGGAAGCCUUUAAUAAAGUGAAACUGAUCUGUGAUCAAACACUGGAGCACAUCAAGAGCCAAAGUCAGCACACAGAGAGGCAGAUAAAGAUGGAGUUUGAGAAACUUCAGCAGUUCCUGAAAGAUGAGGAGGCAGCCAGGAUAGCAGCACUGAGGGAGGAAGAGGAGCAGAAGAGUCAGAGGAUGAAGGAGAAGAUUGAGAAGAUGAUGCAGGAGAUAUCAUCCCUUUCAGAGCAAAUCAGAGCCAUAGAGCAGGAGCUGGGAGCUGAAGAUGUUUCAUUCUUGCAGCCCACAGCACAAGUGACUCCUGAAUAUUAUUGCAGAGCCCAGUGCACACUGCAGGAUCCAGAACAGGUUUCAGGAGCGCUGAUUGAUGUGGCCAAGCACCUGGGCAAUCUGAAGUACAGAGUGUGGGAGAAGAUGCUGGGGACUGUUCAAUACACUCCUGUGAUUCUGGAUCCAAACACAGCACAUCCCAAACUCUCACUGUCUGAGAAUCUGACCAGGGUGACAUAUUGCAAUAAGAGGCAGCCGCUUCCCGAGAACCCAGAGAGGUUUGAUUGCCGGAGUGGCGUGCUGGGCUCUGAGGGAUUCAGCUCAGGGAAACACUGCUGGGAUGUUGAAGUUCUGGAUAUACAUUUCUGGGUCUUGGGAGUGGUCAAAGAGUCCAUCAACAGGAAAGGAAAUAUCAGUCUGAAUCCAGGGAUAGGAGCAUGGUGCAUAGGUCAUUGGAACGGGACAUACACAGCCUUGACCUCCCUACCUACACCCCUCACUGUGAAGAGGAAACCCCAGAGGAUCAGAGUGCAGCUGGACUGGGACAGGGGGGAGGUGUCAUUCUCUGACCCCAGGGACAACACUCCUCUCUACACUUUCACACACUCAUUCACUGAGAGGCUGUUUCCAUUCUUUGGUUAUGAUGUGCACAUCUGUCCACUUAAGGUGUCUGUAACUGUGACAUAACAGGUUCUAUCAAUAAA